AUGAGACCGUCGAUAAGCUAUGACAAAAGCACCUCUAUGAAGGAUCGACGUGCCAGCAGGGACCGUUCCGAGUCGCCGGAUCGGGACUCGUAUAAAACAUACUACUCCACCGACUCGGGGGACAGCACCCGAGGAUCAAGUCCCGAGCGAGGGUCCUCGACGGAUCCGUCAUCUAAUAGGGGACGUUCUCGUGCGCCGAGGCCUAUUGAAUGCCAAGAGCCAAGGCACUUGCGUCGCGACUGCCCGAUCCGCCAGCGUAGGCGUAGAUCGGGGACCCCUAAGCCUUGUCUUAAGUUGACGAGUAACAAAACUAAAGACAAACACAGUGCGUCAGACCAUGAGACCAAAGUCAAGUUCCAUGAGCCGAAUGUGAACGCGACCUAUGUAAUUCCGUCUGUUAGGUCCGGUAGUCAAGCCAUCGGUUCAGGGGCGUGGCGUAUCCCGAUAAGGGUAGGAGGCCAACAAGUGAGAGCAACAAUCGACACAGCAGCCGACAUAACGAUUAUAUCGAGCGAAGUUUACAAGUCUUUGAGGCUGCAGCCUGAAGUUGUAGGCGAUACUAAUGUUAGGCUAGCUGGGGAGGGAGCUGGUAUGACCGCUCAGUACCUCGGGAUUCUGAACUUACGGAUCGGGGAUUAUGAUUUUGCUCACCCGAUAUAUGUUGGUCCUCUGCAAGAUGAUAUGCUCCUGGGAAUUGAUUUCCUGCGCAAGCAUGGUAUAGAAAUUUCAUGUAAAGCCGGUACUUUAAGGGCCAAGGGCAUUGACACCACAUUUGCUAUGAGUGUUGAUGAGUCAGUACCAGUACUCGAUGCGGUUUCAGUCCGCAGAGUGCGGAUCCCCCCGCACACUGCCCAAGUUAUCGAGGGUACCCUUAGUUCCGAUAUGCCAGAGUUUAUGCUGGAACCAGCUAGCAUAUUUCCGCCUGGUAUAGUAGCUUCGCAAACAUACAACGCUGCAGGGAAUAGAGCCAAGCUGUGCAUCUUGAACUUGACAGACCGAAGUCAUAUUGUCAAGACUGGCACUAAGGUGGGGAUAGCCGUUCCCGCCGAUCUAGUCAACGAUACUCAGCCCACAGUGCGUCGUGUAACCUUUGAGGGGGAUAAGAACUAUGACCAUAUCGCCCCACUCUUAGAGCAGUUAAACAAGACCGCGCCUGUGGAAGUCAGAUCUCAGGCAGCGGAGCUAGUCAAAAAAUUUGCCGACGUCUUUGCUGUUGAUGACCUUGAUCUCGGAAGUUUUUCCGAGAUCGAACACCGAAUAGAUACCGGUAACGCGUCUCCCGUCAAACAGCGGAUGCGACGCACCCCCGCUGUAUUUCAAGGGGAGGAAGAGGGUCAUCUCGAUAACAUGUUAAAAGCCGGAGUCAUCCAGCCGUCUUCCUCGGACUGGGCGUCCGCCCCAGUUCUGGUCCGGAAGAAGGAUGGCAGCGUCCGUUGGUGCGUGGACGAGCCCUGUAAUAAGGUGACAGUCAGGGACACGUACCCUCUGCCACUCAUCGAGGAGUGCAUGGUAGUGAUUCAGCGAUAG